AUCUGGUCCCACUACACUCCGCCAUUUUAAGCCAAGCUGCUGAAAAAAUAUUUUCGCGAAGCAAAGUGGGUUUUAUUUUCGUACAUAAGUAGAAUGUAAAUAAUUGUGUAUGUAAAGCACAUAUAUUAGACAAAGCCAAAGCAAUUAAUUAGUUAAUUGCACGGAAAGCAAAGUUAGUUACUUAACUUAGGAGAGCCGCGCGCCGGUGGCUGCUGUACCCAAGCGUUUCUGUGUUGGUGUCUGCUUGUCACAGUGAAAAUAAGUGAAACGGGCCAAAAAAGUGAGAGAGCCGAUUGCUGCUGCAUUAAGAAUUAACCAGUGGCAACCAUGACCGAUGGCGUGGUCUUGGAUUUGUAUGCCGAAGACCUGGACAAGGACUUUACCGGGCAGGCUCAGGAUGAAUUUGGAGGUGAUGGUGUAGAUCUAUACGACGACAUCGGUGGACCCUCAGAGGCAGCUGCCUCUGGCGGCGGCGGUGGUGGCACACCCACCGCAGAUGGCUCAGCCGGCCCCGGUUCAGGGGAUUCUGCCUCAAGCGGCGGUGCCGGUAGUGGGCCCAAUGGAGUUUACCAUCAGGGCAGUGGUAGUCUAACUCCAACCAUGAAUCGACGCUAUCAGCUGUAUGUGGGCAAUCUAACCUGGUGGACAACGGAUCAAGAUAUUUCGAAUGCUUUGCGCGACAUUGGUGUCGCUGAUUUGCAAGAGGUGAAAUUCUUCGAGAAUCGGGCCAAUGGUCAAUCGAAGGGAUUCAGUGUCAUUUCUUUGGGCUCGGAGCAAAGCCUGCGUGCCGUCUUGGAGCAGCUGCCCAAGAAGGAGAUGCAUGGCCAAACACCGGUAGUUACCUAUCCCAGCAAGCAGGCUUUAACGCAGUUCGAGAGUUUGCAGAAAACACGUCCAGUGCCGCCGCCUCAGCAGAAUGGUCCGCCACGUGGCCCGGCACCACCAAAUAUGAGUGGAGGCAGCGGUGGUCCCAUGCCACCACAUCCCGGUGCUGGUGGCCCUCAAGGCGGUGGUGGUCCGCCCGGUCAUCCGCCACGGAUGAAUCCCAUAAUGCCACCAGGUGGACAAUACCGACCCCAGCACAUGUCACAGGUGCCUCAGGUUGGACCCAAUUCAGGACCUCCACGCAUGCAGCCGCCAAUGCAUCCCCAAGGCGGAUUAAUGGGCAAUCAACAGCCGCCACCAAGAUAUCCACCAGCGCAAGGUCAAUGGCCGGGUCAACGGCCAGGCGGACCACGACCAGGUGGUCCAUCCAAUGGACCUCCUCAGCGUCCUCCAAUGUUCCAAGGUGGUCCAAUGGGUAUGCCAGUGAGAGGUCCCCCCGGUCCGGAUUGGCGUCGACCGCCCAUGCAUGGUGGAUUCCCGCCACAGGGUCCGCCACGUGGCCUGCCACCAGCUCCCGGGCCAGGUGGACCGCAUGGUGCACCAGCUCCACAUGUGAAUCCAACGUUUUUCAAUCAGCCCGGCGGUCCGGCUCAACACCCUGGCAUGGGUGGUCCCCCACAUGGAGCACCAGGCCCACAGCCAGGAAUGAAUAUGCCAAUGCAACAGGGUAUGAAUAUGCCACCACAACACGGGCCACCGCCACAAUUUGCCCAACACGGGCCCCGAGGUCCAUGGCCACCACCACAAGGCAAGCCACCUGGUCCGUUCCCCGAUCCGCAAAUGGGUCCGCAGCUGACGGAGGUUGAGUUCGAGGAGGUGAUGAGCAGAAAUCGUACGGUCAGCAGUUCGGCCAUUGCCAGAGCUGUAUCUGAUGCCGCCGCUGGCGAAUACUCCAGCGCCAUUGAGACCCUGGUCACAGCCAUUUCCUUGAUCAAGCAAUCAAAGGUGGCACACGAUGAGCGCUGCAAGAUUUUGAUAAGCUCAUUGCAGGAUACUCUUCAUGGGAUUGAGGCCAAGAGCUACAAUCGUCGCGAGCGUUCACGUUCCAGGGAAAGAUCGCAUCGCAGUCGUCAAAGACGCGAGCGUUCAUCGUCACGCUACCGUGAACGGUCCAGGGAACGGGAACGUGAUCGAGAUCGCGAGCGCGAAAGAGAUGGCGGCAGUUAUCGUGAACGUUCACGGAGCAGAGAACGUGAACGUCAGGCUCAAGAUCACUACAGAGAUGACAGUAGCAGUCGUUCGGCUCGUCCACGUAAAUCACCAGAACCCGUUGUGGCGGAAGCUGCAGAGGCUCCCUCUUCGAAGCGCUAUUAUGAGGAUCGUGAACGGUAUCGGUCAUCGGAUCGUGAGCGGCGCGAUCGCGAUCGGGAUCGUGAUCGUGAGCGUGAACGUGAUCGGGAUAGACGCGAGGAGCAUCGUUCAAGGCAUUGACUGCUAGAG